GGAGCCGAGAUCACGGAGGUACUCGCUCCUCAGAUGGGAAACACUGAACAUGACUGAUGGUCGUUUGUGGAGUACAGACAGUUCAAAACACUUGUAAACGGACCUGACAGUCUUGCAGCCAUGACUUGCAUACACCCCCAGCAUGGAUCUCAGCUCUAUGAAAACAACCUUGGCAGCUUGGAGCCUGAAAGCAUAGACCUUAUCUCCAGGCUGGCUGCUGAUAUGAGCAGUCCACGGGACCACCUCUCUGCUCCAUCCCUGCCAAGCAUCAGCUCCCUGGUGGACACUCAUGGGGGCGACAUUGAUGCAUAUUCGUGCCAGUUCACUGCAGCCCCGGCCCACAUCACUCCGUCGUCAGGCCAGGAGACUCCCUUCAAACUGGACGACCUCCAGGUGUACGGCUGUUACCCUGGCGCAUUCACGCUAAAUUACCCAGACGAGGCGGUGUCUCCUGGCGGCUCAGAUUAUUUUGGCAGCCCUGCAUCGGCCUCGUCUCCUUCAACCCCCCGGUUCCUGAGUCAGCAUGCGUCCAACUGGGAUUCAGCUUUUGGGCCGUACUCACCCAAUCCAGGAUUUUGGGCGGCAGAGGACACCUCAGUGCCACAGGAGCCCUCUUUCUUCACUUUUGGCUCUGUAGAGGACAUGCCUCAUUUGAGUCAACCGCACUUACAAGAGCAGGAUCCUUUCACGUUGGCCCACCCUCACCCGUCUGCAAUGACCUUCCCUGCUUUAGUGAUGGAGCAGGCGCGUAGCCUCGAUGGCAUUGACCAGCUGGAUGGGAGCUUAUCACCCAAAUUAAAAAGUCCCAGUGGAAAUGAAGGCUGCUGUGCUGUUUGUGGGGACAACGCCUCCUGUCAGCACUAUGGGGUUCGCACAUGUGAGGGCUGCAAAGGCUUUUUCAAGCGUACAGUGCAAAAGAAUUCUAAGUAUGUUUGCCUUGCAAACAAAGACUGUCCUGUGGACAAGAGGAGGCGGAAUCGAUGCCAGUUCUGCCGUUUCCAGAAGUGUUUGGUUGUGGGCAUGGUGAGGGAAGUUGUGAGAACAGAUAGCCUGAAAGGACGGAGAGGUCGCCUGCCUUCAAAGCCUAAAGUCACCCAUGAUGUGAUGACGACCACCACUGUGUCUCCAGUGAGCAUGAUCGCUUCACUUGUGAGGGCCCACAUCGACUCCAACCCUGGUGUUGGGAAACUGGAUUAUUCCAAGUAUGACGAGGCAGAAGUCAGUCCAAACCAGAAAGAGGACGCCAAUGACGUCAAACAGUUUUACAACUUACUCACAUCGUCCAUGGAGGUCGUCAGGAAGUGGGCGCAGAGCAUCCCGGGUUUCUCUGAGUUCUGCUCAGAGGACCAGGAGCUGCUGCUGGAGUCUGCAUUUGUCGAGCUCUUCAUCUUGCGUCUUGCAUAUCGCUCCAAUCCUGAAAUGAAGAAGCUCAUUUUCUGCAACGGGGCCGUGCUUCACAAAACGCAGUGCGUCCGAGGCUUUGGGGACUGGAUUGACUCCAUCUUGGAGUUUUCUCAUAGCCUUCACCGCAUGAAGCUGGAUGUUUCCUCUUUCUCCUGUCUCACAGCCCUGGUAAUCAUCACCGACCGAUAUGGCCUCAAGGAGCCAAGACGUGUGGAGGACUUGCAGAACCAGCUCAUCACCUGCCUCAAAGAUCACAUCUCUGGCUGCGGCUCUGAUUCUCUGCGGCCCAAUUACAUGUCCAGACUUCUCGGGAAGCUGCCUGAGCUCAGGACUCUGUGCACUCAAGGCCUCCAGCGUAUCUUUUACCUUAAAUUAGAAGAUCUCGUUCCUCCACCACCAAUUGUGGAAAAAAUCUUCAUGGAUACUCUUCCGUUUUGAGUGUGAGAUGGGACUCACGUGAUGUUUAAGAUCUGGAGUUGAUAUGAGAGCCAAAGAGAAGAGACUCAUACUUCAGGUAGAAGAAGAAAAGGGAGAAGAACUUGCAGGGAUGAUGCAGCUCCAGAGGAAAAGGGCUACUUUGAAUUCAAAAGUGAACAUUUGCAGAAGCGACAUGCGGAGCCAUCAAAAUAUGCUCUUCCUAGUUUGUUUUUCCAGGAAACUGUGUUUUCUGCACACAGGCAGCUCAUGGACCAAACGGUUACUGUUUACAUACAACAAGGUGACAUGAUCGGAAAGAUUUCUGAUGGAGGCGAGAUGAUUGCACUUUCCAAAUCGAUACAAAUUGAAUACAAAUUGUUUCUGUGCCAUCAUAUCAAAUAUAUAAUGAGCAAAAUAAUUGGGCUUUUUAUGUCACAAUCUUUUGAAUGUGAAUUGCACAUGAAAUAUCAGAUAAAGCAUUAACAUGAUAUCUUCAGCUCAAUUAUUAAAAAACGGUCAUUAUAUUUCUGUUUAAAUACUUCAGGAGCUCCAGGUUGUUUUCAAACAAGCAAAUUAUUUCACAGAAUACGUAUGUGGUGAUAAUAAAUUAGGUUAAACUUACAGUGGUAUCGUUCAUGUAUCAUGAAUAGACAUUGAGCAGCUAAUUUACUGUGUAUCAUCAGUCUUAUACACUGGUCUUGGAUGUAGAUUGUUUUGAAUCUGCUGAUGUUGUUGCCACAUGGACUGCAGUUUGAGAAAAAUUUACUUUUCUGUUUUGUGUUAUUUUUACAUAUGAAAAAGUUAUAUUUUACUGCACCAUAAACAUGAAAUAAACUUUAAAACUGCA